AUGGCCCACUCGACGACCACAACCGCUUCGCACAUUCUCACUAAAUAUUCAAAAUGCUACAUCUCAUGUAGUUCUACACAAUCAUCGCAAGUGGAUGGAGGUGGGGAAUGGCAACACUUUGUCAAUCCCGUCCUGGAACUCGUGCUGGACAUCAGAAAGUCGCGUCUGAACAACGAACUGGAGUCUGUCCGGCUUCGCAUACUAUGGAAUAUGGAUACCAGCGGGAUCAAGAAUGAAGUACCGUUUGAGGACCUGGAUCUCCUUGCCUACUCUGACAUUCCUGCGUCGGCUCAGCCCAUGCCGAGUCUUCCUCUCAAGGCCGUCUAUCGGGAUGCUGUCGUUGGCAUCCGCUAUCUAUACCCGAUUAUCGCGACACCUGACGCACAGCCGGCUUUCCGCCGAUUUCAGAUCACUUUCGCCUCGUCUAACUCUGCCCUCGAGUUCAUCAACUCGAUACGCAACGUCUGCCCCUGCAAGGUAAAUCCCUUGCCCAGCAACGCGAACACUGUGACUUCGAUCCGUGCAAGGCCAACUCAGGUAGGAAGACAGUCAUUUGCUGGCUCUGCCCCGCGUCGUGGAGUUGGCUCUCGAAUGCAAGCUUCAUUCAGGCCUUUGUCACCGAACACCGCUGAAAGCGCACGUGUGGCUACCUCUGGCACAAGGAACAACAUGGCUUCAUCUUCUAACCUGCCUUCGGAGGAUUCACAAUCGCAAAAUCUACGUGACCCUCCGCUUCAAGAUUCUGCACCACCAGCGUCGUCCCCUGUGCGCGUGCCUUCCAGCGACGACCCUCGGGGGAGCUCAAGCACUCUCAGUUCCACCCCGGACUUCGGUGGCAUUCGGCCCACCCAUCUGCCUAGUUCCACUUCCCAGGUGACCACAGUCCAACCGCUGCCCUCCCGUAACAACUCGAGCGACGAUAUGAGAAGUCAAGACUCAGCUCGCCCUGCCUGCGUCGGAUGGGCAAACGACACUAGCUCGUCAUUGGGGGAGCCACGAGCUAUGGCAACCACGAGUCUUCGAGCCAACAGUAGUGAUCUUCCUGGAUCCACGCCCCCUUCUUCUAGUGCUGGCGAUACUUCUAUGCCUCCACCGCGUCUUCCCUGGCAGACACCUACGCCUGACGCGAGUUCACUUCUCUCAUCUGUCCGAGACUCCACGAAGCUUUACGACCUCUCAUCUAGCGAAUUAGAGGAUCUGGUCAGUCGAGUGGUGUGCGAGGAAGGGUUCUCUAAACUGUUGCGGUGGGUGCUCAAAGUUGCAGCAAGUGGAAUCGAUGUGGCGGAUAAAGGGCUUAUUGCAGUAGAAAUUAUACCGUGGCAGAACCAUGGGCCGUUCGCUGUGUUGUUAGAGGAUCGAGGAUGGGAAAAAAGCGAGACGAUGACACAAUCGGGCUUUGUUACAUUUCAGCCAGGCGAGGCAAUGAACAUAAAUCAUUCAAUCUGCCCUUUCAGCGACUCUGCUACAUGUCGAGCAGUAGUGCACCGUUCUGUAUGCUGCCCCAGGGUUUUCGACUAA